UUCAGAAUUUAGCUGCGCUCUAGGAGUUGCAUAAUUUAUUUAAAUAUGACAUAAUAUUUGUGUGUGCUCAGCUAAUUAUUAUAAGUAGUCUUUUGUUAAAUUUUUCCUGUUUUUUACGAUAUUAAUGGGAUCUAGUAAGUUUCGAUCGGGGAGCUUUAAAAUAUACGUUGAAACAUAUUUAGAAAUACAAAAGAUAAAAAAGAAAACGGUCAGGAUGACAAGCAUACACAGCGCGUACAAAGAUGAGGUGCACGACAUCCCCAUGUCUGUGAUCUUGAGGCCCUUCGUACCAGAAGUCGACGAGGACAAGGUGAAAUCACUAAUGGAAACUAUACAGAACGAAGAGAAAAUCGGAAAUGUGCCGCCUAUCGACGUCCUUUGGAUCGUAGGUACAGAGGGCGGGAACUAUUUCUACAGUUUCGGCGGCUGCCACCGCUACACCGCGUACAAACGGCUCAACAGAGAAACCAUACCCGCCAAACUGAUCAAAUCCACUGUAUCCGAUCUCAGGACUUAUUUGGGCAGCAGUACGCCAGACUUGAAGUAAUACUUAUAUAUUUAGACGGACUAAGGAAUGGCCGAUUAAGCUAAUGUGUAUAGUCUAUAAUUUUACACUUAGAUAUAAUUACAUUUAGGUAAUUAACGAUUUUUAAAUUUCAACAGAAAGAAAGUGUUAGACGUGAAUUAAUUGGGUUUUUUUACUAUAUUAUUUUUAAAGAACAAUAUUUUUUGCAUUUACGAAAUAAGAUAUCAGUCUAAUGUUUUAUUAUUAAUAAUUUAUUAUAAGUAUAGCAUCAAAUACCCUGUGUAUUAAACACAAGGUCUUUGAUCUAUCAUUAUUUAAAAAUUGCACAUAUAAAUUAUUAUUAGUUAUAAUAAUGUGGACAGCACAAGGAAAAUAAUGUUAGUCUAAUGAUGUAUUAUGAGAAUUCUAAGGAGAAAUUUAAGGGGAUAAUUGCACAGUGUGAGUUACAUGGCCUCAUCAAAACAAUUAAUAGCAGAAUAUGAAAGUGGAUAUUUUUCUAAAUUAAAUUAGUAUACAGCAGUCUGUAUGGCCGCCCCCAGGAUAACAUUAAAAAAACUACUUUAAU